UCUCUCCAAUAUAUCCUACUUUUAUCCAUUUAAGGCGUGAAGAAUCAACAAAUUAAAAUUCCUUAACCUACCAAACAAGAAAGUACUCCGCAAUGGAAGGACUAAGCAUGAAGGAGCCAUACUUUUGUGACAGACCAAGUUCAACACGCAUCUUCUCUUCUUCUGAUCCUCCAGAGGCUCCCCCAAGCCCAAGUACCCCACUUCAGCAUUCGCAUGAAAAGAAGAAACAGCUAUGUGUUGAGGAAGAAGAGGAAUUAGAAAAGGAGCCAAAGCAACAUGUUAGUGUUACCCUUUUGGAUCUGAAUAUUAUCUCAGGUGAAGAUGAUAAUUCAUGCACUCCAGAAGGACCAGAACUCAACCUCAUCACUUGUUUGGAUGUGGGGUCAUCAUCCAAUAAUGCUAAUUCUUCAUCAGAAACAACAACACCUCUUGGUGGUUCUUCUGAUCAUACUGAGCCUAGAGUGUUCUCUUGCAACUACUGCCACAGAAAGUUCUACAGUUCACAAGCACUAGGUGGCCACCAAAAUGCACACAAGAGGGAGAGAUCAAUUGCAAAGAGAGGGCACAGGUUUGGAUCACAGAUAAUGGCCUUCGGCCUUCCCCUUUUGCACCAUAACAACAACAUCCGUUUUGCAAGCAUGGCUUCUCUACCCCUUUAUCAUAGCAAUAGAGGAACUCUUGGAAUUCAGGCACACUCCAUGAUCCAGAAGCCUUCUUCUUCUCAUCUUCAUGUGAAUGGCUUUGGAGGCUCUUAUGCACAUCAUCAUGGUUGGUCAAGACCAAUCAUUGAUCAACAACCCGGAAUAGCAAAGCUUGCUGCGCCAGAUUUUCAUCACAGAACAAAAUCAGCAUUAUCAUCAUCACAAAGCAGCGUUGGUAGGUUUGAAAUGGUUAAUAGUAGUAAUACCAUGUUGAAUUCUGCAGCCACUAAUAACGAAAUCGGUGGAUGUGUGGCUAUUGGUGGAACUCGUUUGAAGAGUACUACUAAUCAAGAAGAAAUGAAGCACCUUGAUUUGUCCCUAAAGCUCUGAAGUCCGAACCAAAUCCGCCGCGACAUCAUUUUUCGGCUGCAAAGUCAAGGUUUUUGGACUCACCAUGUCACGACCACAAUUGUGACUGCAUCAGUUGUGUCUGUCUGCAAUUUCCCACGUUGUCAAGGAUCGUGAUGAAACUGCAACAGCAACUCUGAACAUUAUAUGGUCUUGGCUUAUUUAUAUAUAUAGUCUUUGCAUCGAUGAUAUGAGUAAUUGUAGAUUAAUUAGUAUAGUUAAGAUUUUGCCAAACUUAUUUUUCCCACAGUGUGAAGUAACAUUUGUGUAAAUUUGAUUAUGGGAGGAUCAAAAGUUCUUUAAUUUUCUUGUAAAUGACUUCUGCAGAAUCAUUCAACUCCAGUUAGGUCGGGUGCUUUAUUGAGUUGAAAUCUUAAAGUUUGUUGAUGAGUCCUUUUCCCCUAGCUAUUCUGUCCAUAGAUUAAGUAAAUCUAAUGAAGGGUUUUUCUUUUCAA